AUGAAGUUCACUGCCUGUUCUGAUUGGUUUACUGUCCUUGGGCCACGGAACUGUGGGAUUUCAUCUCAUCGUGAAGCGGCCAUUCGCCACCGCUCACCGCUGAGAACCUUUGACCUUGUGGACAGAGAGAUUCAGGUUGUGUUCCUUCGAGAUCAGACCAAUCCCAGCACCAUGAAUAGAGGCAGCUCCUUUGUAAAGAACUCCUGUGAUGAUACCCAGAAAUUAGAGAAGAAAUCCAAGGCUUUCAAGGAUAUUUCCAAGUACUUCUCUAAGGAAGAGUGGGCAAAUCUGGCAUACUCACAGAAAAUCACCUACGUGUAUAUGAAGAGAAACUAUGAAACCAUGACUGGUCUAGGUCUCAAGGCCAGCAUGCCAAAUUUCAUGUGUCCUAGAAGGCCAACCAUAAAAUUCCGUGAGCAUGAUUCUGAGGAUAAGAACCCUGGGAAUCAGAAAGAGUUUCCUCAGGAGGUUUUCAACAUGCAAGAGAGAAAACAACUGAAGGUGAUACCUGAGAAGCGUGAAAAGGAAACAUCUGGCUCAGAACAGGCUCCGAAACAGCUGUGCCCCCUGCAAAAAGAAGUUAGCUCUGAUCAGCAGAUUAAGGAGAUACCAGGACCCAAGAUAGAGAGAGUUAAAGUCUGGGCCAACAGACUGCGUGAAAGAAAGCACCGCGUGAUCUAUGAGGAGAUCAGCGACCCCGAGGAAGAUGACUAAUUCUCCCCAGGGAUGUGACAAGUGCCCAUGAUAAGAAGCAGAACCUGGUGGCCUUUCAUGAACAUGGGCAUGGCUGUGAACUCCUGGCCAUCAGGUCUAGAAAGUGAAAGAAGGAGUUCACAACAAUGACAAGUUAAA